UGCAGAUUUGAUAAAACACCUUCUCUAACAGAAAACUGCUGUUGUGUUACAGUUUUCUCUCGUGUGAUUGGUCACUGGACUGAACACAGAUCCACAUCAGACGUCCUCCAGGAAACAGGAAGGAGAUUUUCAAUCAACUGAGAAGUAACUCUUUAAAGUGCUUUCAAUAUGAUGCAGUGAUAACUGACACAGACAGACAGACAGUCUGUUUCUCUCUCAGAAUGGCUGAAGUCCAGCAGCUGAGUGAUUGUGUGGAGGAAGAUGAGGACAGAGCAGAGUCUCCAGGACCCAGCGGUCUGUCUGUGAAGAGUAACCAGUCUAUGGGACACCCUCCAGGCUUCAGUCAUGAACCUGGAGCCUCAGAGACAAAAGGUCAGAACCAGAGAUGGAGAGCAGAGUCUCCAGGACCCAGCGGUCUGUCUGUGAAGAGUGACUGGUCUAUGGGACACCCUCCAGACUUCAGUCAUGAACCUGGAGCCUCAGAGACAAAAGACAAGUUUGCUGUUUCUGUGGACGAGCGCAUGUCCUGCUGUCCUCUGUGUCAGGACUUCCUGAAGGAUCCAGUCUCCACCAGCUGUGGUCACCGGUGCUGCAGAUGCUGCAUCUCCUCAUACUGGGACCAGUCUGGUCCACCAGGAGACUCCUGCUGUCCCCAGUGUGGGAAAAGACCCAGGACAGGACGUGGACUACAGGGCAUCAGUGUACAGACAGAUGUUGGUCUGCAGGAGGUUCUAGAUGAACAUAAGAUCAGUCUGAGGAGGAGAUUUGAACAUGUGACUGAAGGAACUGAUGCAAGAGGAAGUAGAACCCUCCUGAACAGGAUCUUCACUGAGCUCUACAUCACAGAGGGACAGAGUGAAGAGGUCAAUACUCAACAUGAGGUGAUGCAGCUGGAGACGACCUCCAAGAAGAAGAUGGUCCAGGACACUCCCAUCAAGUGCUGCGACAUCUUUAAAGCCUUACCUGACCAGCAGGGGAGCAUCAGAGUCGUCCUGACCAACGGCGUCGCUGGUGUUGGAAAAACCUUCUCGGUGCAGAAGUUCACUCUGGACUGGGCCCAGGGUUUGGAAAACCAGGAUGUGAAUCUGCUGAUUGUGCUUUCGUUCAGGGAGCUGAACCUGAUCAGAGAUCAGCAGCACAGUCUUCUCACGCUGCUCCAUGUUUUCUAUCCAACAUUAGAGAAGGUCAGAGCAGAGAAUCUCGCUGUCUGUAAACCUUUGUUCAUCUUUGACGGCCUGGAUGAAAGCAGACUCUCACUGGACUUCAGCAGCAGGAUGCUGGUUUCUGACGUCACACACAGGUCAUCAGUCAACGUGCUGCUGACCAACCUCAUCCAGGGGAAUCUGCUUCCCUCGGCUCUCAUCUGGAUAACUUCACGACCUGCAGCGGCCAACCAGAUACCUCCUACAUGUGUUGACAGGGUAACAGAAGUACGAGGCUUCACUGAAGACCAGAAGGACGAGUACUUCAGGAAGAGAUCCAGAACUGAAGAUCUGUCCAGCAGAAUCAUCUCACACAUCAAGACCUCCAGGAGCCUCCACAUCAUGUGUCAAAUCCCAGUCUUCUGCUGGAUCAGUGCAACAGUUCUGGAGCACAUGUUGACCACAGAGCAGAGAGGAGAGCUGCCCAAGACCCUGACGGACCUGUACUCACACUUCCUGCUGGUUCAGACAAAGAGGAAGAAGAACAAGUACGAUAAAGGAUGUGAGACGAGUCCACAGGAGCUGAUGGAGGCCGACAGGGACGUUCUUCUGAAGCUGGGGAGGCUGGCCUUUGAACAUCUGCAGAAAGGAGACAUCAUGUUCUACCAAGAAGACCUGGAGCGGUGUGGUCUUAGUGUGACAGAGGCCUCGGUGUACUCAGGAGUUUGUACAGAGAUCUUUAGAAGAGAGAGCGUGAUCUUCCAGAAAACAGUCUACUGCUUUGUUCAUCUGAGCGUUCAGGAGUUUCUGGCUGCAGUCUACAUGUUCCACUCUUUCAUCAACAGGAAGACAGAGAUACUGCAGGACUUCAGACAAGAAGAUCAUGACAGGAAGAGAUUUGACUAUUAUGAUGAUGAUUGUGAUGAUGAUGAAGAUGAUGGUGGUUACACUUCUCUAGAUGUGUUCUUGAAAGAAGCCAUGAAGAAAUCACUUCAAAGUGAAAAUGGUCACCUGGACCUGUUUGUUCGCUUCCUUCAUGGACUCUGUCUGGAGUCCAACCAGAGACUCUUAGGAGGUCUGCUGGGUCAGACUAAGAACAGUCCAGAUAUCAUCCAGAGAGUCAUCAAGAACCUGAAGAAGAUGAAUACAGAGGACAUCUCAUCUGACAGAAGCAUCAACAUCUUCCACUGUCUGACAGAGAUGAACGACCAAUCAGUGCAUCAGGACAUCCAAGAGUUCAUUAAGUCAAAGAACAGAGAAAAGGAACUCUCUGAGAUCCACUGCUCAGCUCUGGCCUACAUGCUGCAGAUGUCUGAGGAGGUUCUGGAUGAGUUGGACCUGAACAAGUACAACACAACAGACGAGGGAAAACAGAGGCUUAUUCCAGCUGUGAGAAACUGCAGGAAGGCUCGGUUGAGGGGCUGCAGAUUGUCAGAGUUCAGCUGUUCUACUGUGGUCUCAGUUCUGAAGUCCAACUCCUCCCACCUGAGAGACCUGGACCUGAGUUGGAACCAUCUCCAGGAUUCAGGAGUGAAGCUGCUGUGUUCUGGACUGGAGAGUCCACAUUGUGUACUGGAGACUCUGAAGUUGAGUCACUGCAGUUUGUCAAAGAUCAGCUGUUCUUCUCUGGUCUCAGUUCUGAAGUCCAACUCCUCCCGCCUGAGAGACCUGGACCUGAGUGAGAACUAUGGUCUGCAGGAUUCAGGAGUGAAGCUGCUGUGUUCUGGACUGGAGAGUCCACAUUGUGGACUGGAGACUCUGGGGUUGAGUCGCUGCAGAUUGUCAGAGAUCAGCUGUUCUUCUUUGGUCUCAGUUCUGGUGUCCAACUCCUCCCACCUGAGAGACCUGGAUCUGAGUGAGAACUAUGGUCUGUGUGAUUCAGGAGUGAAGCUGUUGUGUUCUGGACUGGAGAGUCCACAUUGUGGACUGGAGACUCUGGGGUUGAGGGGCUGCAGUUUGUCAAAGAUCAGCUGUUCUUCUCUGGUCUCAGUUCUGAAGUCCAACUCCUCCCACCUGAAAUACCUGGACCUGAGCUGCAACCAGGAUCUGCAGGAUUCAGGAGUGAAGCUGCUGUGUUCUGGACUGGAGAGUCCACAUUGUGGACUGGAGACUCUGGGGUUGAGUCGCUGCAGUUUGUCAGAGAUCAGCUGUUCUUCUCUGGUCUCAGUUCUGAAGUCCAACUCCUCCCACCUAAGAGACCUGGACCUGAGCUACAACCAUCUGCAUGAUUCAGGAGUGAAGCUGCUGUGUUCUGGACUGGAGAGUCCACAUUGUAGACUGGAUAAUCUGAAGUUGAGUCGCUGCAGUUUGUCAGAGAUCAGCUGUUCUUCUCUGGUCUCAGUUCUGAAGUCCAACUCCUCCCACCUGAGAGACCUGGACCUGAGUGAGAACGGUCUGCAGGAUUCAGCACUGAAGCCUCUGUGUGAUCUUGUGCAGAGUCCAGACUACAGACUGGAGACUGUGAGGUGGAAGAAGAAGAAGUGAUGAUGAUCUUCAUCCUGAGUCCUGCUCUGUGACGCAGCUUCAGCAGAUCUGGAACAAACAUCAUCUGAA